GGCAAUAAAAAGAGCCCGGAACGAGGAGACAAUUCAGACUGUCUUCAGAAAUCGUACGAAGUGAAAGAAUGUCACGACUUCAGCAUUUGACACUUUUCUCCUUUGCUGCCGUUCAUCUACUCCUGUUCUCCAUCUGCCCAUCAGUCAGCGGCCGAAUUUAUCAAACAAACGAUGCCGUCGUCAUCGAAGUUGACGAUGUGAGACCGCCUCUUAGCCCCUCUGCCAUGAGAAAUUUCGGCAAUCCUCCACCGAACCCGAUGAUGUAUGCAAACAAUCCGUACACUGGUCUAUUGUCCCAGCCGUACCCAAAUUUUCCGUUCUGGCCUUAUUAUCCUCUCUACAAGCCUGCCAGCAGCUUCUCUGAUGCCGAUGAUGUAACAGCAACUUCCCCUGAAUCCAGGCAGCAGAAUAUUGCCUGUGGUAAGGGACCUGAUGCACCACCACAACGUAAAAACCCAACAGUCGGAAUUGUCGGUGGAUCCGAUGCCGACCCAAAUUCUUGGCCGUUCAUCGUGGGUCUGAGGAUAUUUGGAUCGCCUGGCGUGUUCUGCGGAGGAUCAAUCAUUUCCCCGACGAGAAUCCUUUCGGCGGCUCAUUGCUUCAUCAAAUUAUCAGCGUUCGAUAUUUCGACGAUGGUUGCAAGUCUUGGCAUGAACACCCAGGGCAAUCUACCAGACACCUUCAACGACGCACAGAUGACGAGGAGAGUCACUCGCGUUGUCUACCACACAAGUUAUAAUGACAAGAGGAAAUAUAAUGACGUUGCCGUCUUGACGGUAGACCCGCCCAUCGUUUAUUCACCUGCCAUUUCUCCCGUUUGCUUGCCGCCAUUUAAUAACGCCGCUGAUCAAUUCGUGGGUAAAGAUGCGGCCAUCAUGGGGUGGGGAAGAUUGGAAACAGAGGGAGGUCAACCGAAUGCACUUCAGCAAGCUACCGUCCAAAUCAUUCCUAACGCAGAUUGUAACGCGCAAUAUGGAGGUGGUAUCAUCUUCAAGCAGCAACUCUGUGCAAGUGCUGAAGGAAAAGACACCUGCCAAGGUGACAGUGGAGGUCCAAUCGUCGCCCAAACUGAAGAUGGUUCUACUGCAUGGACCCAGGUCGGCAUCACCAGCUUCGGACGAGGCUGUGCGAAUCCAGAUUUCGCUGGCGUUUACGCCAGUGUGGCAUUUUUCAGGAACUGGAUUGAUACCUACAUGAAAAACUAAACACGACUCCGUAAUCUUUGUGGAGCUCUAUUGGUUCAAACGGCACAGCUUCGGCGUUUCAAAUCGGAAAGUAACAUUUCGAACGCUUGAUUUUAUGGGUCAAUAUUAAAGAAUAGCAUUAGAUUUGUGUGGGAAACAGGUACGCCAUAUUAUAUAAGGUAUUCAAUAUGCAAUUCAAUAGUGUAUGCUUUGUCUUUUGCUGGGUCCUUGGCGGUCCUUGCACGAUGCUCUAUAAUGGUUGUGGCUAUAUACGAAUUCUUAUUGGUGCUCAAUACACAACACAUGAAAGUGA